GAUGUGAUUAGGCCAUGUGCUUUAAUUUCGCUUAGUUCCAAAUAAUAUCCUAGAUCGUAUCUGUUGUAUAGAUGGCAAGACGCCCAGAACAUUUGGCUCCUCCGGAAAUUGUGUGUUUGUUUUCAAAAUCUUUUAUAGCGAGGAUGAAGCCCGAAAGUAUACAAACAACAGUCGAAUCAUCGACAUUCAAGUGCAAAUGUGCGAGCGGGCAAUAGAACUGCUGGCUCUGCCAGAAGAUAAUGCACAUUUCAUUUUAGACAUUGGAUGUGGCUCAGGACUAUCUGGAAGUGUGCUGGAAGAUCAAGGGAAUGUUUGGAUUGGAGUCGACAUCGCCCAGGCCAUGUUAGAUGUCGCUGUAGAACGUGAAGUUGAGGGUGAUUUGAUCUUAGGAGAUAUGGGACAAGGUAUGCCUUUCAAAGCGGGAACAUUUGACGGCGCAGUUUCUAUUUCGGCAUUACAGUGGCUUUGCAAUGCUGAUAAAAAAUCUCACAUUCCACAAAAGCGAUUGUAUCAAUUUUUCAGCUCCUUGUUUGCAUGUUUGACACGAAAUGCUCGGGCAGUGUUCCAGUUUUAUCCGGAAAAUUCUGACCAAAUUACACUAGUGACUACACAAGCAACAAAGGCUGGAUUCUACGGUGGACUUGUAGUUGAUUAUCCCAAUUCGGCCAAAGCAAAAAAGUACUAUCUUGUACUUAUGACGGGUGGAAUUGUUAAAUUACCGGCGGCAUUAGGAGAAGAAGACUCGAAUCAAAUUUCUUACAGCCGUAAAAGAGAAUUAGCAAAAAAUGUACGUGGAAAACCGCUGAAAAAAUCCCGCGAUUGGAUACUUCAAAAGAAAGAACGCCGAAGACAGCAAGGCAACGAUACUAGAAGUGAUUCAAAAUAUACGGCUCGAAAACGCAGUGGAAGAUUUUGAACAUGUGAUUUGUGUAUCAAAAACAGUUAUUCUGUUUCUACAGUCUUAGGAAAAUUAAGGAAUAAAUUACAGAUUCUUUAUUCAAUCAUUGAAA